CCGAAUCCGCUUCUUUAUUAAUAAAAUAUCCCCCUCGUCUCUCGUUCUCGUUCCUCUGCCGAAUCUUUGGCCGAAUUUUCGCGCUCCCGAGAAUGGAUCAGCAGAGCUUGCGAAAAGCUAUUGGAGCAUUGAAGGACUCUACAACAGUUGGAUUGGUGAAAGUGAACAGCGAUUACAAGGAACUAGAUAUUGCAAUUGUCAAGGCCACUAGCCAUGUUGAAAUGCUGGCAAAAGAGAAAUAUAUCCAAACUAUUUUCAGUGCUAUUUCGGCUUCAAGACCUCGUGCUGAUGUUGCAUAUUGCAUAAAUGCUCUUGCACGAAGGCUUGCGAAGACACACAAUUGGGCUGUUGCAAUUAAAACCUUGAUUGUUAUACAUCGCGCUUUUAGAGAAGUUGAUGCCACAUUCCAGGAGGAGCUCAUGAAUUUUACCAUGGGCAGAAGUCAUAUGCUGAACCUGUGCCAUUUCAAGGACAAGUCAAGCCCGAAUGCUUGGGACUAUUCUUCUUGGGUACGCAAUUAUGCUUUAUACAUUGAGGAGCGUCUUGAAUGCUUUCGCAUAGUGAAGUAUGAUGUCGAGACUGGAAACACUAGAACAUUGGAUCUUGACACUGUUAACUUGCUUGAGCACUUACCUUCUCUACAACAGCUUCUUCUUCGCCUGCUUAGCUGCCAGCCAGAGGGAGCAGCUAUUUACAAUAGUGUGAUUCAAUAUGCACUUUCAAUUGUUGCCAGUGAAAGUACAAAGAUAUACAAUGCAAUCACUGGUUGUACUCUCAAUUUGGUUGACAAGUUUUUUGAGAUGCAGCGUAAUGAUGCCCUCAGGGCACUCGAAAUUUACCGAAAGGCCGGAUAUCAGGCGGAAAGGCUGUCUGAAUUCUAUGAAAUUUGUAAGGGCCUUGAGCUUGGGAGGGAGCUGAAAUUUGCCAAAAUUGAACAACCCGAUGUAUCCUUUAUUGAUGCAAUGGAGCAGUAUGUGAAGGAUGCAUUACGCACUCAACCAGCUAACCUAAAUAUGGUGGAUGCUAAUAAAAGACUACCUGCUCCUAAAUCCUUUAUGGGUAUCGAGCAUAAGAAAGUGGACUCUAAUGAUGACAAGCAAGAGGCAAUAGCUGCUGUUUCAGUAUCCCCAGAACAAAUUGCAGCUGAGACUCCCAAAGCUUCAGUUCCAGCACAAACAGAGGUUCCUGAUCUUCUGGGUUUGGAUGACGCCAGCCAGGGAGCUGCAGAGCUAGAAGAGAAUAACACCUUAGCUCUUGCCGUAGUUCCGAGCAGUGAUCCAUUAGAUAGUACAAGUGCCGAUCUUAUGGGUGAAACUACUGGGUGGGAACUUGCUUUAGUCACUGCGUCAACUUCCAAUAGAAGUGCUAUUGGAGAGAGCAAACUGGCUGGGGGUUUGGACAAGGCGACAUUGGACAGCCUCUACAAUGACGCAAUCUCAAGAAGAGCAAACUACCAUUUGGGCCAGGUGGCUCCAAACCCUUUCCAUGUUUCUCAAUUUUCCCGAGAUCCUUUUUACGCAUCCAAUGGCAUAGCAGCACCAGCCAACGUUCAAAUGGCAACCAUGGGUCAACAACAAGCAGUAACGAUGCAAGGGCAGCGGCGGCAGCAGCAGCAAUCUCUGGGCCAGGAGAACACCAAUCCUUUUGGGAACCCUUUUGGUCCUGCUGACAUUUCUUCUUACCCACAUCAGAAUCCAUACAAUGGCUUAAUGUAGGGCGAUUUUGCGUUAUUGGGUACAGUUCAGAUUCUCAGAGGUGUAGAUAUUUAGGGUGGGAGGUUAGCUUAUGGGUUGUCAUCGUUUCCGCUUCCUUGCAUAUAAUUUUUUCAGUUGGGUCGGUUAUAGGUUUCUAUUAUAUUGAUGGCCCUAUUAUGCUGUAAUCUUUGAUUAGCGUGGCUGAACCAUUCCGUUGGCGUUCUUAUUUGCAUAUCUGCAGUAAAAAAAAAACUGAACAACUAUGUAAAUCAUCAUUCCUCUGGAUUCGAAGUAGAAUACAAUAGAACUUUGCUGCUAAGUAAUUUUCA